GCAUGUCCUCAUACACGAUCAAGUUUAGCCGAGCCCUUUGCCCUGUUCCUCUCUUCUUAGCCUCUUUUUUCAGUCUGUGUUGAAAAGCCGAAUGGUGAACUAUUUGUGACUCACAAGCCGAUCAUCUUACCCACGUGUUCACUGCAAUCAUUUAAGAUGGAACCAACUGAAAUGAAUGAAACUCGGAACCAUCCUCCAUCUGCAAAUGCUGAACAGUUGACAUCUUUGCUUGGGAAGAAUGUGACAGACAAAAAUGUGAAGAAAAAAUCGGAAUAUUUGGAGAAGGAUGUUGCAUACCCCAAAUCUGUAGCUUUCAUUAUUGGAAAUGAGUUCUGUGAAAGAUUCACAUUCUAUGGAAUGAAAGCUGUCCUUUCCCUCUACCUCCAUCAGAUCUUGAACUACGAUCACAACACGUCCACAAUAAUCUAUCACAUCUUCAUUAUGAUGUCAUAUUUCUUUCCUCUAUUCGGUGCGAUUCUAGCUGACUCAUUUAUUGGGAAAUUCAAAACUAUCACUUACCUGUCAAUAGUAUAUGCAUUUGGAAAUAUCCUGCUUGCAUUCUCGUCCACUCCAUAUUUUGGCCUGCCUAUGCGGUUGUUCAGCUUGCUGGGUCUGCUGUCGAUAGCGGUGGGCUCGGGAGGCAUCAAGCCGUGCGUGUCUGCGUUUGGCGGCGACCAAUUCAAACUUCCCGAGCAAGAGGAGCAGCUGCAACGCUUCUUCUCCCUCUUCUACUUCUCUAUCAACGCGGGCAGCCUGAUCGCCACCUACGUCACGCCCACUCUUCGCUUCAACGUGCACUGUCUCGGCGCAGAUUCCUGCUAUCCGCUCGCUUUUGCGCUUCCCGCGUUGCUCAUGCUCCUAGCAACUGCUAUUUUCGUUUUUGGAAAGCGAUUCUAUGUAAUAAAGAAACCUGAAGGAAAUAUCGUUGUCGAUGUUAUGAAAUGUGUCUAUACUGCAGUAAUAAACAAAGCUUCUGGGAAAUGUAAUAAGAAAGAACAUUGGCUGGACUAUGCAGACAAUAAAUUUGAUAGAUCCUUAAUCGAAGACAUUAAAUCAGUAUUGCGGGUGCUGCUUCUAUUUAUUCCUCUUCCAUUGUUCUGGGCACUAUUUGAUCAACAGGGCUCUAGAUGGACAUUCCAAGCCACACAAAUGGAUGGAUCUCUUGGAUGGCUUGGUACCAUAAAACCUGAACAAAUGCAAAUAGUCAACCCAUUCCUGGUACUAUUUAUGAUUCCAAUGUUCGAGGCCAUCAUCUACCCUAUUUUCAACAAAAUGAAUGCAUUGAAUAAACCUCUUCAGAGAAUGAUAGCGGGAGGAUUGCUGAUAGCUGUUUCUUUCAUAAUAUCCGGAGUCAUUGAACUGAAGCUCGAAGAAUCGUAUGCUAUUCUUCCAGAAAAGGGCGAAGGUCAGAUACGUGUAUUCAAUGGCUUGAACUGCCCAGUCACUCUGCAUUCACAGAACAGCUCGCUUCUGGAUGCAAGGAUUGAUUCUCUGCAAGCGUUUCAGCUUCAACAUUUUCCUGUCAUCACUUCACUCAAUUAUGACGUCAAUAUAGAUAUUAGCUGCUCAAAGAGUCCCCAAGUGCUCAGAAGGAAAAUUCAUGCUGCUGAGUCAUCGUCGCUGUCCUACCUAAUAGUCGAAAGGAAUGAUUCCAAUUACAAUUUCUAUCAGGUUCCUGGCUACGAUAGGGUACAAAAAUCGAAGAAGUCCAAUCCAAUUGUCAGGAUUCUUUAUAGUGUAUCAGAAACAACUGAGCUCACUUUGGUUAAUGCUGAAAUAACAGAAACCCUUCAGUUAGAAAGCGACAAAAUUGCUAUUCCUGUCAAGGAAUUGAAUGGAGAAUCGCCCAACUUCAAGGUGUACGUAGCUGGAAAGCAAUUGGAAGAUAUAACUUUGAAUGCUGGGGGUGUCUACUCUCUUCUAUUGGUUGAAACAAAUGGACAAUAUGUAAGUAUGAAUAAUUUCAAUUUCAUUGGAAUAUUACACUUGUCUACGUUCAGUGAGGCCAUAACUGAAGAUCAACUUUUUGUCGAAGUUUUUUUUUCAACUAAAUUUUUGCAUUACAGCUUCAAGGUGUACGUAGCUGGAAAGCAAUUGGAAGAUAUAACUUUGAAUGCUGGGGGUGUCUACUCUCUUCUAUUGGUUGAAACAAAUGGACAAUAUAAACUGAGUUUGAUCACAAUCACAGAGCCCAAUAAUGUGCACAUUCUCUGGCAGAUACCCCAAUAUAUCAUUGUAACCGCUGCUGAAAUCAUGUUCUCUAUCACAGGCCUGAAAUUUGCAUUCACUCAGGCACCAGAGGCAAUGAAGUCCGUCUUGACUGCUGCAUGGCUUUUGACAACAUCUUUGGGAAGUUGCAUUGUAAUCCUGGUCGCUAAAAUUGGUCUUGAAAGCAGGGCAAAUGAAUUUUUCCUGUUCGCUGGUUUAAUGGUACUAGUUAUGGGACUAUUUACAUUAUUGGCAGCUCGCUACACAUACGUUGACAUAAAUUCGCCAAAAGAGCAUCUAGAAACAUCGAAAUUUGAUAAAGAAAUCGAUAACAGGAUAAAUGGCUCAGAAACGUGACACUAGACUAAUGCUAUUAAUAGAGUAUUAAAAAACGUUUCUCCUCACGAUUGAGAUGCAGUUCAAGAACCCGUCAAUCAUGAUAUUAAAUCUCAUCCAAGUUGAUGAGUGAACUCAAAUCUUAAUGGAUCUUGUCUGUUGUGAACAGUUCGUAACGACAAUGGGCGGUUUUACGCUUACCGAUUGACGGCCGACAUUUUUUAUUGACCAACACUCAGAAUUAUUGUCCUCCAAUUGAUUAAUUUUCACCAACAGUUGAUUCUCAGUCAAUCUGAGGACAAUUACUCUGAGUGUCAGCCGAUAGUCGGUAAGUGUAAGAACGGCUAAGCACUCUGGUUCAGAAUCAAUGCAAACUGAUCACAAUAGCAUGGCAUAGUUGGUGUUGAACAAUGUAUAAUAAUAUAUAGAAUAAUCAUUUUAUAAUUUUGGAGCCUCUGCAAUGUCACUUCAAUGUUAAAGUAUUUAACUUCUAAACUAUUAAACAUAACUAUUGCCAAAAUUCAAUGUCACUAAAGUAUUCUCGUUUAUAGGACUCAUAGGCAAUUGAUAGAUCGUGAACUUUUUACUGUUUCCACAAACAUAUCUCUCAUAAUAUAGUGGUACCUAGCUUGGAAUUUAUAAGUUCCAUUGAUAAUGGAUAUUUUUGAAUCUCUAUUAUGUUAUAAAAGUGUCGCCACCUGGAACUCCAUUGUCAUUUCUUUUAAAAAUAGAAUCGUAACUUAGAUAAUUGUGUUAUCUUAAAUAUUUUUGUUCAAGACUGAAUAAAUAUAGUGAUAUUAUUGUAGUUGUACAAUGGUAACUUCUCAUCAGAUGCUGGUAUUUAUGAUCUUGAAAUAUUAAUAAUGUACAGUACAAUAUUAUAGUUUUGUUAUUUAUUUGUAUUAUUUAGGUUUGAAUUCAUCACAUCUUAAAACCCAUUUUAAGAGCGAGUAUUUCUCUUCUGGGGCCAUAUUAUUUGUAUACACUUCUAACUACUAUAUUGAAUAGCCUAGUGGAUUUAAUUUUAUUUAUUAAGAUUUAGUAUUUAAAUAUUUUUAAGAAGGUAGGCUACUUACGAAUUCAACGAUCAUGCACAGCAUAGGGAAAUCUAUAACUAUCUCAUAUAAAAUUAUUUUCAUAAUCGGGAAUGUGAUAUCCUUUUUCAAAAUUGAGUAGAAAGUAAUUGGGUAGCCUAUUAACUCAGUAAAUAUUAAGCUAUUUUACUAAUAACAUGUUAUAUGAGUUAAUAUCAGUCAUUUAAUUGCUAGAAACAUUAAUGAGUGAAAAGCACCAAUAAAAAAUGUAAUGAAGUUCUGAUUUGAGAAUUUCAAUUUUUUUAAAUUAGGCUUGUCUGAGUCUGAAGAUUUUAUCAAUGCCAGAUUUUUGGCAGAACUCAAUAUCUUUUAAAUAAAUUUGAAUGACAUUUUUCGUUAUAAAUUAUUUAAAAGAUAUUGAGUUCUGCCAAAAAUCUGGCAUUGAUAAAAUCUUCAGACUUAAUAAUUUAUAACAAAAAAUGUCAUUUAAAUUUAUUUGGAGAUCAAUAUUCUAGGCCUAUCAUUCUUAUUCAUUUUACAAUCAGGAAUCUAGAUGUGAUUUGAUGAGUGAAUAUUUCGCUGACAAGGAAUUAAUUUUUGGAAACUUGAAUCUGCCGGCUUCAAACAAAUUUUUAUCAAAGUAACGAAGUUCUAGAAUUGUAUACAAAUAAGAAAAAAUAAUUCAAUAUUCUGUUUUAUAAAUAGAAAAUUUGUAAACAUUUAUUGUACCCAAGUUUCAUUUAUGAAUAAAGAUUAUUAUUGUGACCCUGG